AUGACUGGUGUCCUUAUAAAGGGGGAAAAUGUGGACAUAGACACACAGGCACUUUCCCUAAAAGGAAAAAGAUUGGAUUUUUAUGGAAGAGCUGACACGUAUGUGAGCCUGGCCAACACGGUUCCUGAACUCAGUCGACUCACAGCAUGCAUUGACCUGGUGUUCGUGGAGGACAAAUUAAGUGAUUGGAUGGCCUUCUCCUAUAUUGCUAAUAAUGCCUUCCUGGGCAGAGAAGCCAUAGACCUUGGACUUGGAGGAGACCAUCAGCAGCUAAUACUAUACAACUUGGGCAAGACCUUUUAUAUCCGUUACUCCCUGACUCCCUUUCAAUGGCAUACGGUAUGCUUGGUGUGGGAUGGUGUGAAGGGCAGAUUAGAGCUCUUCCUGAAUACUGAAAGGAUACUGGUAAUGAGGGAUCAACCACAAAGCCUGACACCUAAUGGGACUCUGAUUCUAGGACAUUUUCUUACGAACCGGAACAGCCAGGUAGGAAGGGCCCUGCCUGGCUUCACUGGCAGCUUGUACUACUUUCAGCUCUGGGACCACAUCCUGGAGAAUGAGGAGUUUCUGAAGUGCGUGAGUGGAAACAUUGUUAGCUGGGAAGAAGAUGUUUGGCUCAUCAACGAGAUCACCACAACUGUUGACACGAGACUGCGCUGCUUUGUUUCUGAAAAUAUAACAAUUCAAGAAAUGAGCACAACUCUUCCACAACAAAUAGAUUUGACAACUCCAUCCCAAGUUACUGGACUAAAACCACAAGAGACAAUAUAUUCUUCUACAGUGACGUUUAAAAGCAUGCCUGUGUUUGCAACUGAUUAUACAACCAUAGCAUAUUCCAAUACAACAUCUCCACCUCUGAAAACAAUGACUGUACCAAAAUUUUUAAAGACACCCAUAGCUGAGACAACCAGAUUCAAGGCGCACAUUUUGUCUACUUCAGCAGCUGUCCCUCUGCCUACCAAGAGCACCUCCAUAGGCACUACUAACAAUUCCAUGAAAAUAACUAAGUCUCCAUCUUCAGAGAGCAUAAGGACAACAAAAGUGGCUGAACCCAUUGCUACUGAGACUUUCCAUCCAACUACAGCUACGAAUUUUCUAUACACUUCUGGACUGACCAAGAAUUCAAUUAUAUCCAAAACUUCAGUGACUGGAUCUCAGUCAACCAUUAUGAAGACAACACCUUCAUUCUCCUCUGCUGAGUCAAAACCCGUAUCUACAAUAUCUUGGCCCAAACAUGAAUCCCCAGGUAUUGAUGUACUUUCAAUCUCCACAGCUAGCCAGGAACUUCUUGCCUCUACAGCUGGUGGAACAGUACCUUGGUGUUCAGUGGAAGAGACUUCAGCUACAACUACUCACGUUGGGACUGCAUCGACAUUCCCACCCAAGUCUGUGCUCAACUCCACGGUUGCUCCAGUGGAUUCCGUAUUUCCUAGAAAUCAGACAGCACCCACGUUGGCAACAACUGACAUGGAAAUAGCAUCUCCAGCAUCAAAAAUUCUCCCAACUAGGCCUACUGAGGUGAUGCCUAUGCUCACGGCUGAAACAGAAUUGACAUCUACGAAUUUCCAGGAUGUCUCUUCAUCCAGAAUGGAGGAUCUAGUCUCUACCUACAUACCAAAAAGGGCCUCUUCUGUGGCCCUUUCUUUCAGGACAUCCUCCCCAUUCGCCAGAGCUCAGAGUGCACAGCCAGUUGACACUGAGACUACACAUACAGCCUUGACUCUUGGGGUCACACUUGCACCAGUGGUGGCUGACACUCUUCUUCCCCCCAUAACACCUGGGCCAGUAUAUACCCACAACACACCCACAGGUGGUGGAAACAUGCUUCUUUUGAAUUCCACUAGGUCAACUUCCACGUUUAAGGCAUCUGAGUCUGGUCCCACAUGGAUAACUCAUGAUGGUGCCCAUCUGUUCUCUACCAAUGAAACCACGUGGACUCCCAGGCCAGACCAGACCCUGCAGACAUCAGCCUUCUACAGGAGCCAUUCUAAUGCAGGACAUUCAUCCCCUACUAGUACUGCUAUUAUCCCACCAGAAGGCCCCUCAAAAAGCGAGGCUGCCACAAUCACUGAUGCUAGUAUUACUGCUGGUGCUAGUACAGACAGACACACGACAGCUCUAUCCACAUUGAUGACUUCAUGGUUUGUUAAUUUUUCCACAGUUUCGGGAAUGACAUCUAUAACCAAAUUGCCUGAGUUUAAACUUAACACCUUACGACUAAAAACUACGUCUCUGCCCACAGCAGGUGAAAGCAAGCCUCUUUCAACACCGAGGGAGACAUUUGUUCCACCAGUAGAUAUAAUAUCUACCCUUGCUAACACUGAACCAAAUGUCUCUACUGAGGAGAGCACUUCUGAGACCACGCUAACAGAGACAAAUGCCACAGUUGCAUUUGGAGAGACAACUCUUGUACCAGAGUCUGCAACAAUACAAGGAUGUAAUGGUCCUGCGACAAGGACAGAAACAACUUCCCGUUAUCUUGAGGGAAAAUCAACUAUAGCAGUGACCACUGAGCUUUCCCCAUUUGCAACAAGGCUGGAAGCAGCAGAUGAAUCUGCACAAAUGGUAACAGCUUCUGUCACCGUUUCCCCUUUUCCUGACGUAGAAAAGUUGACCACCCCGUUGGAUACUAAAACUGCAACCACUGAGGUGAGAGGAAGUUGGCUUUCCACAAAAUCGAUGAAAACCACACAUAAGAGCCCAUAUGAUGGAACCACAGAAAUCUUUAAUUCCGUCCACACCCACAAAGCAUGUUGGACUUCAGAAACUCCACCUGAGGGAAAUCCAACUCUAUCUCCCAUUUCUGGAAGCACACAGACAUUCCCUGAGCCCCUGGGCGCUUCUACCACAAGGAUAUCGGGGACCAGUUUUGCUACUGUCCCUACAGCUAUGUCCUUGUCUGCUGGCAUCUUGCCUCCACAGCCUACUGCUACCCAUUCCUCAGCAGCCCCUGUCCCAUCAGUUACGGUGACCACAACCUCAGCGUCACCAUUGGAUCAGACUGCUUCAACAACCAGCGAUCCUGUGCCUACCCACAGACAGUCAAUUCCCACCACUUCAGAAGCCACAGCGUUCUCUGUCAGGAUGACACCCAUGACAGUUCCCUCUCUGACAGAGACUCCAGUCCCCUCAUGGAGACAUCCCACUCCUGUGGCAACUAAGGCUGAGACCACCUUUCUCUUCACCUCAGCUGACACAGUAACCCCAUUUACACCCACUCUUGUCUGCUCUAAAUCUCUUCCGGACAACAUUCCUGUUGUGUCCCCUACCCAUGUGACCUCAACUAUGUUUACACCAGUAGCAACCCACCCCAUAUCACAAGGGAAGGAGACCUCUACCCAUGCUCUCAGCCUUCCGUACACUUUCAGCAACAGCGGGGCUGUUGUUAGCUUGGCUCCUGGCUCCACAGAAACUUCUGUUGUUGAUGAGACCGUAUCUUCACACACCUCUGCCAAUAAGCUUACAGUAGAUGGUCCCAUUUCUCAAUCUUCAACAGGUCUUGGAAACACACUGGUCCCCACCCUAUUAGUGACUGACGUUUCUGCCUUAUCUUCUGACAAAGAGCAGAUGACCACACUCCUGGGAAACACCUCGAGAACUAUGAAGGUGACAGAAAUGUCCCCAUCACAGAAUCCUUUUGUUUCAGACUCCCAGAGUACUUCAUCCUUGAAAACAACAGAUACGGGAUUUGCUGAGAGCCCAACAAUUUCCAGUCACCAAACACAUUCACCUUCAGAGCUUCCACUUGCAACUCCACCUGACAGGAUUUUAGCUUCUUCUCCCACUUCUGGGACUAUACAGACUACACCUACUUCUAUCUCAAGUCACACAGUAGAUGCUCACAUUCCAGAAAUGUCUACCAGUCUUGGGAAAACAGCCCUCCCUUCACAAUCUCUGACAAUUACCAGAUUUCUAUCUCCUGAAAAAGAAGGCAUCAGUGCCCUUUCAGUAUAUACACCCAGGACUGAGAAAAUGAUAGUGAGUGCCACCUCUGUGACUCACCCUUUCUCAAAUCACCAGGAUACUUCAUUUGUAGACACCGUAACUUCCAGGACAACUAGAAUGUCCAAUCCUGUAAAUGUCAACACAACUCUUUCAUACUUGCUUUCCCCUAAGACUCCAACUAAGAUGACUUCAGUUGCCUCUCCCAUUUCUGAAAGCACACAUACCUCCCCUGAGUUCCUGUCUCUUUCCACAACUGGACCAUCUAGUGCUGAUUUUAUAGUCAUCUCCACUGAUGGGAUCACUACAGCCCCGUCUGCUCCAAAUGCACCUACGACACUUCAUGGGAAAACCUCUGUGGCGACGUUCACUCCUAUCUAUCAGAUGUCCUCACUGCCGGUUAGUAUCGCUGCCUUCAGCUCCAAAAGAGUUUCUGACACUCCCACGAUACCAAUAAUGAAAUCUUCUAAAACAACACAUCCAGAUUCUUUGAAAAGUUCCUCUUCAGCCACUUCUGGGCCCAUGUCUGAGAUGCCCUCAAUGUCAGUUAAUGGCUCUGCUUUCUUACCUCCAGCUGUUUCUUUUGACACUUCCACAAGAGUUGGACCAUUGUCUUCAUUAUUGUCCUCAACUGCCCCUAGGACUAUGACGACCCUAACAUUGACACUGGAUGUUGCACCUGGGCCUACUUCAAAAAGCGCACCAUCUUCUUCUGCUUCCAUUACUUCAGGAAUGACAGAGGUGUCCUCCAGGAUCACACCUACAUCCUUUUCCUCUCUGACACAGUCAAAUUUUCCCUCUGUGAAAACCAUUCCAACCACUGUUAUGGCGGGGAUAGCGACUCCAUCCAUAGGCACCACUGCUCUACGAGUAGAGCUCGGUUCUAGGAACACUGAAGCUAUUUCUUCCAUUCAAACAACCACAUUUUCACCAUUUCAAUCAACAACUCAACAGUCAUCACAAAGAGAUGAGACCACAGCUCUGGGCAUAUUAUCUGGGACUAUGAAUGGAUCCUUUACUCCCAGAGGCAGUAGUACAGUAACUGCUCUCACAGAUACUUAUUCCAGAACUGCUGCCCUUGAAAGUGUGCUUUCAUCUACUCCAUCAGAUAAUCUCCAUACUUCACUGAAUAUUCAGGUUUCCCCAUCUCUGACGAGCCUUAAGAGCACUUCUGGCCCCACAGAAAGGGUAAAAGCGACCACCUACCUUUCUUCAAGUACAGAAAAGAUGACAUCCUUGUCAGAAAAUGCUUCAGCAGCUGGACUAACAAAAGGAGCCACAUCUGUGGAUACCCCUGUUUCGCAUCCUCCAUGGACUCCAUCCAUUACAAUGGCACCUUCGUUGACAUCAUUUCUUUCUUCACCUCGUAGUACUAAAGCCAAGCUCUCCACUUCAGAGACUUUUUUCCCUCUUACAACCCAAAUGGUUGAAUUUCCAGUUCUGGGAACAAGGAUCACAUCUGGUAACACCCAAUCUCUGCUUAUGACUUCCUGGAACACACCCACAGCUAAAGGUUCUCAAUUUCCAAUUUCCACCAGUACUCAUAUAUCUACACCCCGUAAGGUGGAAACAGAGACUCCAUACCUAGUUCCUGGGUCUUUGUCAACAUCCACACCCUCUCAGACUGGUCUUGUGUCUGGAGAUGUUACGGCAAAGUCAUCAAUUUCCAUGUCAGGAAUUCUUCCUACCUCGGGGAUGUCUGACAGCCCUUCAUCACCAACAUCUUCAAGAUCUACUCCUAUCACUUUGGCUGACAUUAAGCACACACUUGAGAAGACAGCUACACUUAUGACUCCUGGGAACACACUCGCAUGGACUCCUUCCGGUGCCACUUCAGGAUCUGUACUUUCAGAGGCUGCUAUUUCAUCUACACUGGCUUGGAUUUUACCUGUUCUCCCUCCGGCUUCUCUACCGGCAACUGUAUCUGGUACCCCUCACACUGUAACUUCUUCUCCAGUAGAGGUGUCAAAGUCCUCCUUUCUGACUUCUGACACCAUGCCAGCACGCUCAUUCACUAACUUUACAACACUACCUAUUGCUGCCAUAAGCACUGCACUCACCCAAACCACUCUUGAACCUACAGUGAGCAGUAUCACUACUGGCUUCCCAGUUUCUCUCCCCAUAUCUAUAAAAAUCACAGCUGAUGGUGCAUAUAUUUCCAAAUCCCCUGAGGCAUCUUCCAGAACCUCUGUGACUGCCAACUCCAGGACCGUGUCUCAACCUCUACCCUUUAGCAGAAUGAGUAGGUCGCCUCCUGCUACACACCACACUCUAUCUAUCAGUUCUGAGCUUCCACCUAGCCCCAUGGGAACGUCUGCUUGGAGCAGAAUCCCAGCUGCAUCAGUGUCCCCUUCUUUAGUUCUUCCUAAGCCCACGCUGGACCCCCUUCCAAAUAUAACUACCACUACACUUACUGCUACCACAGGUUUAUUUCCACUCACAUCCACUGGAGUAACGCAUCCUUCCACAGCGUCUGUGUCUUCAGUACUCUCUUCCUCUUCUGAGACAGCCCGGCUGGAGUCCACAUCUUCUUUUCUGCUUAUGGAAACAGUGACUUCCCUUACUGCCACUCCUAUUUGAAUGAAAUUUAUCUCAUUUUUAAUUACAGUUUCCUUCUACAAUAUUGAAAUGAGCUUCUCUGUGUUUGAUGAAGAGCCAAGGAUCCCUGUUAUCAGUGUUGUAAAUGAAUUUGCAGAAAAUUGGUUGAAUUCUAUAUUUCAGGACAGUGAAUUUGCUCUUGCUAAUCUGGCUAUUCAAACUAAAACCAGAGGCACUUCUGAAGGAGAAAUUACCAUGGACCGCAUUAUUUUGGAACAGAGAGAAGGGCAAGGAAUGGCUACAAUUUCCCAUGUACCAUCCAGCUAUCUUUGUCAGACCAUCCUGAAGGCCAGCUCUUCGUUAGCAGCCUCCGAGCUGAUUAACAGAAUCAAAAGUAAAAUACAGGGCAACCUCACCCAUGGAAACUUCACCAAGGGUCAACUGACGUUAUUAGUAAAAUCUGAACACGUUGCGGUGAAAAAACUAGAGCCAGGAAGGUGCGAAGCCCAGGAAACAGUCUCUAAAUACAAAGGGACCUAUAAGUGGCUCUUAACCAACCCUACUGAGACAGCCCAAAUUAGAUGCAUAAAAAACAGGCAUGGCAGCGCUACUAGAAUCUGCUCAAUCAGUAUCCAUACUGGCAAAUCUCAGUGGGAAAAGCCAAAGUUGAAACAAUGCAAACUGCUUCAAGGACUCCCUGAUAAGAUUGUGGAUCUUGCUAACAUUACUAUCAGUGAUGAGAAUGCAGAUGAUGUCGCAGAGCACGUUUUAAAUUUAAUAAAUGAAUCCCCCCCUCUGGAUGAAGAAGAAACAAAGAUUAUUGUUUCUAAAGUAUCUGAUAUUUCACAAUGUGAUGAGAUAAGUAUGAAUCUAACCCAGAUUAUAUUACAAAUAAUCAAUGCUGUUUUGGAAAAACAAAACAAUUCAGCAUCUGAUCUGCAUGAAGUGAGAAACGAAAUUCUGAGGAUAAUCGAGCGUGUGGGUCACAAGAUGGAGUUUUCUGGGAGGACAGCAAAUCUGACGGUGGCCAGGUUGGCAUUGGCCAUCCUGCGGGUGGACCACAUGUUUGAAGGCAUGGCAUUCGCCAUUCGCUCCUAUGAAGAAGGCACAGACCCCGAGAUUUACCUGGGUGAGGUCCCUCUGGGAAGGAUUUUGGCUUCCAUAUAUUUGCCUAAAUCACUGAGGGAGAGAAUUCCUGUUAGCAACUUACAGACCAUCCUGUUUAAUUUUUUUGGCCAAACUUCACUCUUUAAGACCAGAAGUGUCACUAAAGCACUAAGCACCUUCGUGGUGAGUGCCAGCGUUUCAGACACAUCCCUUGAAAACUUGGCUGAGCCGGUGGUUAUCACUCUGCAGCAUGUUGAAGGAAACCAGAAUUAUGAUCGAGUUCACUGUGCCUUUUGGGACUUUGGGAGUAACAAUGGGCAAGGUGGAUGGAAUUCGUCAGGCUGUAAAGUAAAAGAAACGAACGUAAAUCACACAAUCUGUCAGUGUGACCACCUCACCCAUUUUGGAGUCUUAAUGGAUUUAUCCAGGUCUGCAAUGGAUACAGUGAAUGAACGGAUAUUAGUGCUGAUAACGUACAUUGGAUGUGGAAUCUCCUCCAUUUUCCUGGGAGUUGCAAUAGUGACAUACAUAGCUUUUCACAAACUCCGAAAAGAUCAUCCUUCCAAAAUCCUGAUCAACCUGUGCAUGGCACUACUGAUGUUAAACCUGACGUUUCUGGUCAAUUCCUGGUCCUCAUCAUUUCAGAAAGCCGGACUCUGUGUCACAGCUGCAGUGGCCCUCCAUUACUUCCUGCUCGUCUCUUUGACUUGGAUGGGCCUAGAGGGGGUCCACAUGUACUUGUCUCUCGUCAGAGUCUUCAACAUAUAUGUCCCCAAUUAUAUCCUUAAAUUUUGUCUCGUUGGUUGGGGAAUCCCGGGGAUCAUGGUGGCGAUAACGUUAUGUGUGAAAAAAGAUCUAUAUGGAUCUCUGAGCUCAACGACUCCAUUUUGUUGGAUUAAAGACGAUUCUAUCUUUUACACCUCAGUUGUGGCUUAUUUUUGCCUCAUAUUUCUACUGAAUCUCUCCAUGUUCUGCACUGUCCUCGUUCAGCUGAAUUCCAUGAACUCCCAAAGCCGAAAGACUCGGCGGCAGACGAUCCUGCAUGACCUCAAAGGCACAAUGAGCCUGACAUUCUUACUUGGCCUCACCUGGGGGUUUGCUUUUUUUGCCUGGGGACCUGUAAGGAUUUUGUUCUUUUAUCUUUUUGCCAUUUUCAACACGUUGCAAGGAUUCCUCAUUUUCGUGUUUUACUGCCUGAUGAAGGAGAGUGUGCGGGAGCAGUGGCAGAUACACCUCUGUUGUGGGUGGUUACGACUGGAUAAUUCUUCGGAUGGGGACAGCAGGUGCGGGCUACGAGUUGGGUAUAAACAAGAGAGACUGAAGAAAACCUUCCAAGACAAAUUGUUGACACCAUCCUUCAAGUCAACUACCACAAGUUCUACCUUCAAACCUUUAGGCUCUGCGCAAUGCAUGCUUUCAGAAAUCAGCUUCCCAAAUGGUGACUUUGAUGAAGAUCCCUACUGUUUCUCUCCCUUGAGUUGUAAAGUUGUGCCCAAUUAUGUGGGAAGAAUAUUACCUGUGGAAGUCAAAACGAAUUCCACUCACAAAGAUUUCUUGAAUAAUUCCCAACAGAGAUACCCACCUCCCCCUAGCCCCAGAUUAGGGAAAAUGUUGAGUUUGUGA